UGCUGGUUGGUAUCAAUAAUCUGUGAAUUGUUUCCUAAUGUUGAUAAAUAGCUUUUAUUUUAUAAAUCAUACUGUGAUUAAUUUAUCAUCAAACUCAAAUAUUACUAUGAAAUACACAUGACAUUACAAUUAAGCAAAUUUUAAGAAUUUAAUACAAUUAUAUAAGAAUUUUUCAUUAAAACUAAUAUAUUUAGUUAUUAAAAUAAUUGAAAAAUGAGCAUUGAGUUAUAAUUAAAAUGAUUAAAUCGUGUUUUGGUUGCUGUCCAUUAAAAAAUGGCGUAAGCGUAAUAGCUUUUUUCAAUAUUAUGUGGGAUAUUGUAUCAAUCUUCAGACAUAUAAUAUUUCGAUGGAUAGAUUAUAAUAAAUAUUACACUGAACGAAUCCCAUUAAAAUACAACUCUGAUGAAAAUGAACAUGAGGAAAAUAUAACUGAUUCAUCGACCAAAUCAUACGAUUCAAAUUUUACUUAUCUUUUCUCUGAAUAUUCCUCAGAAUAUAAUUAUGUCAGGAAAACCGUCAUAAGUGAGUUUUUCAUGGAUUACCUCUUUUUGGUCUUUAUUGGUUGGAUUUUAUUAGAAGUAACAGUAAACAUCGACCUUAAGAAAUCAACAUUUAUGCAUGCUCCAUACAGAAUUUAUUCCUGGCUGAUAGUUUACUAUACAAAUAUUGCUUUCAUGUUCAUAUUUGUUAAUGAUUUUUCAUGGAGACAUCUUAUACUACAAACCAAGAGCAGCCAUUUUUCCGAGGAAAUUUAUCCAACAUUUGAAGGAUAUAUUUACUUACUGGUGACAGCAAUAGAAGUUUUUAUUGUCCAAUCGUUUUACUAUCAACAAAAAACUGCGGCAAUGAGUAAUAUAAUUCAACUGAAAUGGCAGUAUGUCUCAAAAGGAAAAGUGGUUUCCAAAGGUUUAGAUUAUCCAUCGUCGUCUACAUUUUAUGAUGAGAUAUCUAAUCAGAACUUCGAUGGAUCAAAUAAAAAAAUACCUUAUGUGAUCGACGUUAAACAAGAUAUGCUAGAUUAUUUAUUUAUAUUUUCAAACGAAAUUUUAAACAUAUGUAAGCAUGUUAACCAAUUUUUUUGGAUGUUGUCCUUUGCGAACGGCUGUCAAAUGGAUUGCUAUACUGAACAUACUUUUGCAUUUAUGGAACAUUUUCGAUAUAGAAAAAAUUACUUUGGAGAAUCAAUUGUGACUAUUGAAAGAGCUGAAAUAAAACAAGAUUCCAUGCAAAUGAAUAAUGAGAGUGUUACAGAUAAUGAAAAUUUAACAAGAUUAGUAUCAGUGCCUUUGUUGAAUGAUUUAUUUAUGGACUAUAUAUUGAUUUUACUACUGGCAAAAGAUUGUGCAGAAUUCUAUUUAAAUUUGUCUUUAAUACAUGCAACGUUUAAAAUAUUUCCACAAACGGUAUAUUCUUGGCUAGUUAUUCAUUAUAUUGACUUUAUUGGAAUGAUUGUUUCCAUUUUCAUAAAUUAUUUGAAAAUUUAUCUCGAACAUAUUAUUCGGAAUAUUCACAUAAAAAGAUUAAUUAUAUUUAAUAAUCAUUUUUUUGAAUGGAUAGCUCUAGUAAUUUGGACUUUAGAGUUAUAUGUCGUACAUUCAUAUUACAUACAAGAAAAGUUUGCUGCUGCUAAUGAUAUCAUUCAACUGCGAUGGAAGUAUGUACCAAAAAAUAAAAUGUCAUCUACAAAUAGAGUAAAAUCAGAAAUAGAAAAUACUGAAGCUACAGAAGAAAAUAAUUCCCAAGGCAAUGUUGAAUACAUACCGCGUGUCAUUGAACAAAUACGACAGAGCUCUUAAAUGCUGUUUAUAAGUUUUAUAAUUUAAAACCAAUGUAUUUCAACUGGAUAUUACUAAAUUGUAUUAGAUAUGAAAAACAUUUGUUGAGUUAUGUUCCGUGUUAAUUUAAAAUAUAUAUUACAUAUUUAUACAA